GAGCACCUUAGUUCCCCUGACAGUGUGUAGUAACCAUUGGAUGCCUACCACCGAGGAGAUCUCCUCUGUGUGUAUCUGAAAAAGACAGGAGACCUGCAAAACUCGGUGAACUGUGACAGCCAGCACGCAACGUCAGCACACUGACACACCGACUGAUAGCCCGUGACCUAGAGGCCCGGCGAGUUGCCGGCGUGAACGAGCCUUCCCCGCCGCCCCGAUACUUGUGUGUGUGAGGGACAGGAACAAGUGGAGGCGGAAUGGACGAGGAGUUUUUCACUAAACGCUUUGUCGAGUGCGUCAAGAAACUGCACGAGGAUAGAGAUGACCAGGAUGUGGACUACAUUUGUCAUGUUCUCAAGAAUCUCAUAGAGUUCAGUGGUUACGAUGCCCCCACCCUCAGAUCAGUGUCUCAGAGACUGUCAUACGAAGCCUACGCAGAGGACACUGUUAUAUACAGGGAAGGAGACUCUUUGACCUGCUGGUACUACAUACUCUCGGGGAGUGUCAUGAUCUCCAACAACUACUACUAUCCCUCAGGAAGCAGUUUCGGCCAGUGUAUACUGACCAAUGUCCGAGAUGAUAAGUGUAUCAUUGCAGAGUCCACCGAGCUCCUAAGAAUUGACUAUACGGAAGAGGAGCUGAGGAGAGCUGUCAAGAUAGCCACCAUGUCCAAGUUCACUGCCUCCACGGGCUCCCAGGACUUCACUCGAGCCUCUCACACUCGCUCCUCUGCCAAAGCUGCUCCCCCCAGCAUUCUCCCCGACCUACAAGUUGCCCCUGCUCGUCAGAAGGAGAUUAAGAAGCCGACGGCGGAUGCUGAGCUCAACAUGUUGAACCCUGGCUCAGCUGGCCAUCACUCUCGCAGCCGCAGCGAAGAGAGGUCGAUAUUUACGUUUGAUGCUGCGGAUGUGAUGAAGAGCAUCAGUCAGGAGAACCUGGCAAAGGCUAGGAUGAGAGGUGGUGUAAGCAGUACUGAGAUCAGAGUGACUCGUAGAUAUCAUCAUGACAGGGACAACAGACAUAGGUUCAGUGCCCCUCCUGGUCCAGACCGGAGCAGUGGUGUGGGGAUCAGGGACUCUGUCGGCUCCAUGGACUACCUCUCUGAGAGUCAGGUGGACUCUGACGACGAGGAGUCUGCUCAGUCCGAGACAUCCAGUUCUCCCAGUAUGGACGGAGUUUUGGAGGUGUUGUCGAAAUCACCAGAUGACAGGACAGAGGAGGAUAUUGAGAGAGUCAUGGACAUCCUGCAGUAUAUCCCAGUGUUUUCGAACAUGACGUCCAACAUCAGGAAGGCCUUGUUCAGGAGUCUGAUGGCUCAGAUUAUUGAGAAUGAGAAUGUGGUCAUCAUUGACAAUGGAGAGGAGGUGACGAGAUGGUAUGUGGUGUUGAAUGGGCAGCUGAAACUCAUCAGAGAGAGAGAAGGAGACAGAGUCUUCCAGGCCGGAGACUCGUUUGGAGUCAGUCAGAGUCUCAAGAUAUUACCUCACAGAGGGAAACUUGUCACCCACAGCAGAGACUGCACGCUAUGCUAUGUGAGCAGCGAGGAGUAUGGGAGGAUCCUGGUCCAGGGAGAGGAGAACAUGAAGAGAGUGGAGGAGGACGGGAGGUUGGUGGCCGUCCUGGAGAAGAGGUCCAUCAAUGCCCACAGAGAAGGCUACUUCAUUGUCCAGGCCACCCCACAACAUCUGAUAGACAAUCUGUUAGUGGAGUCAGUGGACGACGGUUUCCACAAGGAUUUCCUACUCACCUAUCGGACCUUCCUGGACUCCCCUCAACGCAUCCUCACCAAACUGAAGGAGGCGUGGCAAGAGGCCCUCCCUGACCUCAGAGACCGCAUCACAGUGAUCCUCCUCAACUGGGUCAGCUCUCAUUUCCCAGAUUUCGAGGGUCAUGACUACAUGACAGAGUUCCUGGAGUGGUUUGAGGCCGUUCUACUGGAGGAUGGAAAGGUAGCAGAGAAGAGGGCAUUGGACAAGUCUCGGUCUCUCCAUGCCAGAGUCAGAUACAUCGAGAUGGAUAGAGCCGGGACCAAUUCUCCAUUGGACUUUGAGGUGGUGGGAGGGUCAGAGUACGGGAGUGAGAUCUUUGUGGCUUCAGUCAAGCCAGAGUCCAUGCCUGAGGCUGCUGGACUUAUGGUGGGAGACCAGAUGAUGGAGAUAAAUGACGUCAGAUGCUCCAAAAAGGACUUAAAACAGGUCCAGUCCAUUCUGAAGAAGAACUUUAAACUCUCCCUCAAAGUUCGCUCCAACCUACCAGAGUUCAAGAACUUUAUGGCAGAUCCUCCUCAGCCGAAGCCAGUAGAGGGAAUCCAGACAUUGCGCUGGAGAAACAUAUACCAACACCGAGUCCCGAGGGCACCGCAUGUCCCGCUCAUCCCGAUGACGAGGACCAAAUCAGACCACCACCCGGACCACGACGUCCGCUCUCGAUCCCGGACACAGUCCGCCUCCUCCCCGUUCCGUGUCAGACCUAUUGGAGCCCCACCUUCUCCGAAAACAAAGACAAAGCAGACACCGGUACCCAUCUUUAUCUUGGUUGUGUUAUAUGUGUAUAUAUACCUGUUCUUGUUCAUUACCCCAUUGACUAAUCAUGUUGCAUGUGUACUGUAUCUGCAGAAGAUCUUCAAGCCUCUGGCAAUAGUAGGGAAGGCUCCGUUUCAGAAGCUGAGAAGAUUACGAAGCAGACCCAACACGAGCUCCACAUCGUUGGACAGUGAUGGAGGACUAGGUGGCCCUCUCAAGGCAAAGCCCAUGAUCAAAACAGCGAGGAAGUUGUCGUCAGAGAACCUGGCAGGGGUAGGAGGAGGGAAGGAGAGCCCCGUUGGGCCAGGUCCUGUACGAGCCACCUCCCUGGAGGACAUCCCCUCCUUUCGCCUCCCACUCUGGCUCCCGCUCAGUCCCCUCCCAGAGGAUCGUGGACGCCGUUGUGAAACUCUACGUCCCUGACCACACCUACAAGUACCUCGACAUUUCCCCUUCAACCACCAUAGCUGAGUUGGUAGCCAGAGGAGUCAAGGAAUUCUAUCCUGAAAAGUUCUCCAUCUCACCACCAGAUGAGUACUGUGUGUGUAUGGUGACAGUACAGAGCAGGAACGGCCCCAUCAGAAACUCUGUCCUCCCCAAUCACAUGUCGGACCUAGCCAACUUCAUCGGACUGGAGAGCAGGUAUUAUUUGAAGGAGAGACAAUUCCAUGGCACCUUAGUUCAAGAUGAAGAGGCAGAUCACAUAUUCCGUGAGAGCAAACAGUGGGAAUCACUUCUCAACCUCACCCCCAAACAAGUGGCUGAGGAGCUCACUAAAGUGGACUCUGAGAUAUUCUGCAGUAUUGACUCCAGUGAGUACAUCGCUGACCUCUGGCGAAACCCUAAUCACUUAACCAAAGAAAACCUACAGAGAUUCGAAGGAAUCCCUAACAAUGAGAUGUACUGGGUGGUGACGACAGUUGUCUCAGAGACCAAGGCUGACCUGAGAGCAAAAAUCAUCAAACAGUACAUCAAGAUAGCAAAAUGGUGUAGAGAACUGAAGAAUUACAACACAAUGUUUCACAUCAUCAGUGGUCUGAACCAUGGUCUUGUCCAGAGACUGAGGUCUACAUGGGAGAGAGUUCCUCACAAACACAAGAGAGCCAUGGAGGACCUGGUGGGUUACAUGAACCCAUUCCACAACAUGGACAACAAGUACCGAGAGCUCCAGCGAGCAACCCACACCUCCUUCAUCCCUCUCUGUCACAUCAUCAAGAAAGACCUCACCUUUCUCUUUGACGGGAACGAGACACGGGUCGACGGCCUCGUCAACUUUGAGAAACUGAGGAUGCUGUCUCAGCAAAUCAGGAACAUCAGGAAGUUCUGCGAGAACCCCAUCAUGCCGGAGCCCCCUGAGAUAGACCUGGGUCAACUGGGGGUGUUGAAGAGCAUCCACCACUCCAUCAGACUGCGCAGCAGACAUCCGACUGCCCUAGCCACUCUCACUGAGAAUGCCCUCAAGAAAGUCUACUCCCAUCACCGGAUGACCAAGAUGGUGAGGAAGCAUCUGGGCAAGAAACACGUCAUUCUGGAAGAAGACCUCCUGGAGAAGAUUGCUGACAGCACCGACAAAAUUGUUCAGUUGAGAAAGAACCCCCCAAGUCCUCUCAACAGAGGCAAGAGGAUAUCUGGCACCAAAGAAAAGUUCCGGAAGUCUGGGAGCUCUAUAGUUGGUCCUCCCAUCUCUCCUUCCCCUACCACUGGCUCCUUUGGAUCAGAUACGGGAGUGCCAAUAGAUCUUCCAGGUGACAGUAGUCCUCCCAUAACUCCUCGGAGAAAACUCUCUCUUCCUAACACUCCUCCUUCAGCAGUUCCAGCUGAAGAUGGUACAGCAAGUCCUUCUGUCUCUCCUGAAUCACUCAACUGUAAGUCUGUGUGGCUACUGUCUCAUGCUGUUCACCACAUGUGAUCUUCAUCACAUUUUAUGCAGCUUAUGCUAAUGCAAAUGGAACUGCACAAUGUCCUCAGUAAGUUGAAUAUUAUAUUCUGGGAGCUCCUAUUCUUUUUUCCUUGGAAAAAUUAGCUGUCCUGAGUGUAGUUGACUUGUUUGCUUUGCCUUUGCCUUGCUACCUCGUUGUUGACACAUGCCUUGUUAGGUAUUAUAAUAAUUCCAAGGUAAUUCCAUGGGGAGAAACACAAGUUAUAAGGUGCAGCUGCUUGCCUGCAUGUAUAAUUAUACAAAGACCACCCAUCAAAAUUGUCGCUAGAGAAAUCGAUUCGACUGAUGCACGAAUAAAGAACCAGAGAACUGGAAAGUCAGGGCGGGCUGCCAUAACAAUGCACAGUUAAUGUUGACAGAAGCUAUGUUUAGAACAUACUUUAAUCGUCAUUUCUCUCUAUGUUUAGGUGACACACCCCAGCCUGUUCUGCAGGCUCCCUGAUUUCUCGUGUUGUGUGUGGUUUGUUGCUACUGAGACUGUCCUAUUGUGACACUAUCUGUCGUCGAUUUUUACUAGAAAUUGUAUUAGUGUCUUUAUGCACAUUAUAAUGAUCACGCAUCAUACUUCUGUUGUUAUGUUAUUGCAUCAGCUCUAUUAUUUGUGUGUGUGACUCUCUGUAACUGGUUGUGUGUGUGAAUAUUAUGGUUGUU